UCCGUGACGGCGUUCCCACCAUUUUCUGGUGUCCAAAAGAAGAAGAAUACGAGAAACUCAAGAAAAAACACGAUAUGGUGCCUUUCAGCAUAAGGAUGAAGCCAAUGGGAAGUAGGGCCAUUCGCCAAAUGGUGGUCAUAGCGGCAGCCUUGUCACUUAUCUUCGCCUCCAUGAGGCUACUAGGCUCCAAGUCGUAUGAUGGGGAGAUGCCGCCCUUUCUGCAAAUAGCUGACGACCAACUGAGGCUCCUAAAUGCAUUCCGUCCUCACGCCGUGCCAAUGGAGAAUUUGCAAACCAAACAGGUCUUUGUCCCUGAUGCCAAAAAAGAACUCCCGGAGAAGCCCGCCAAAUUCCGCAGUGACGCCCUCAUCAGCAGCCUCCAAAAGGUGUGUCAGACCGUCAACGUGACCCUGCCCCUGACGGCUUUCAUGCUGGCCCACAUGCACUUCGAUCACCGGCGCCAGGCAAUCUACUGUUUCACGCCGAAGGUUGCGUGCACGAGCUGGAAACGCAUCUGGAUGAAGUUGACGGGACUCGUCAAACCGGAAAAAGACUUGUCGAAGCUCUCCAGGUACACGAUACACAGCUCCAUUCCGACAAUGGCCUCGCUGAGAGCCAACAUCCCAGAGAUGUUGGCCAACUACAAGAAGUUCAUGUUCGUAAGGCAUCCCUUCGAUCGCGUCUUGUCGGCCUACAAGGACAAACUAGAACAUGAGGACAAAGAGAGCUCUUACAACUUCCACAAGGAGAUCGGGGCCAAAAUACUGAAGAAGUACAGACGCCCGGGCUUCAACAACACCGGCAACGACGUCACCUUCUCGGAGUUCAUCCGCUUCAUCUCGGAACCCGGCCGCGGGACGUUCGAGCAGCGAAACGAACACUGGCUCUCCGUCCACGAGAUCUGCAACCCCUGCGCCGUCAAGUACGACUUCAUCGGCAAGUACGAAAGCCUGAAGGAGGACGCCCACUACGUCCUCGAGUGGCUCGGGGCCUCGGAGCUGAUCGACGAGUUCCCCGUGCCGGACAGGCCCUUCCACGCCAAGCGGUACGACCCCAAGUACUUCGGCCAGCUGGACCACAUGGGCAAACUGGCGUUCUUCCAGAAGUAUCUCCUGGAUUUCGCCGCUUUCAACUACACGUUCAUCUGAGAGGCGUCGACUCGUCGUACGAUUUCCUUCGUCUCGUUUCCUUCAUUUCUCUCAACGGAAACUCGCAAGCCAAGUCUCUUUUUCUGCUUAUAUCGUUUCCUCAUUUCAUUUCACUCAUUUCUCACGUCCUUUAAUAUUCAUUUCUCAGUCAUUCGCAUCAUGUUCCCGACUCCUUUUUUUAUUUUUUCAUUCAUGAUUAAAGACAUUUCAUAUUCAACUACAUAAAGAUUCGUAGGCUUGUUAGGCCUAUGUCGUCUGGUUUUUGUAAUCUCCCGCU